AUGCGCCCCUCCGCGCUCGCGUGUACCGAGUGUCGACGUCACCAUCUCAAGUGCGACGCAAAAAAACCGUGCUGCUCGCGUUGCACAACUACGCAGACCAUAUGCACGUAUCUACCCUCGCGCAGAGGCGGAAAGCGAAAACCUGCGAAUAGUCAUGGCCAGGCCCAAGAGACCGUCAGUAAUACAAAGACAGCGCCGGGCCUGCAGCUGCCACUGCAUGAGCCUCACCGGCUCCCUCACCACCUCUCAACUGGGCCCGAAAUCCCCCCACCAUCUACGCAUGAUGUUCCUGCGUCAAGCAAUGCGCCGACGCCUCGCGAGAGAAAGCCAGAGCCUUAUGUCCCCGAGGACCGACUAGUUCGCCUAUUCUACGAGAACUUUCAUCAAGCGCAUCCCAUACUUGUACCCCCAGGCCAGUACGAGAGGCGGAAUUACCCUGCGUACUUGCAACAAGUCGUCAAAUUUAUAGGAAGCCACUACUCCAUGGUGCUCUCCGGCGAUGAGUUUUACGACUCUACAACUUCUACCCUGGCCGCCCACUCUGCAGAAAAGUCAUGCAGCAUGGUCCAGGCCCUGCUUCUUCACUCCAUCAUCCUGUGCGCUCGCAACGAGCGCCCGCGGGCCGAGACAUCGCUGGCCCAGGCGAUUUCCAUCGCCAUAGAGAUUGGCAUGUAUCAGAAAGACUUUGCGACCCUGUUUGCCAACAAUGACGAAUUCGAGUCGGAGAGCCUAAGGCGGACCUGGUGGGAGCUCUUCAUCUGGGAAAUCUGCAUGCGCACGCUCCAGCAGAAAUUCCACUUCCGGUGCAGCGACGUCCCCAACGAGGUUCUCCUCCCCUGCGAGGAGUCGACGUACGCGUCACUCCAGGCCAUUCCGCCGCCCGCGUCCCUGGCCGCCUUCAGAGCGAGGGUAUUCGCCGACGACGACGACGACGACGAGCCGGCGCCCUGCCAAUACUCCUCCUUCAGCUACCGCAUCGAGGCCUUCCACAUCCUCGCGCGCGUGCUGGUGCUCAACAGCAUCCCCGAAACCCACCCGGACCGCUUGCAAGCCAUUGCCAACACGCUCGUCAGCUGGGCGCACCUGCUGCCCCCGCAGAAAAUCGACAUUGUAGACAUCUACGGCGGCAUCGACGAGAUGUUGUUUCAGGCGCAGUUCAUCAUCCACUACGCCGCUAUGCUGCUGCACCUCCCGCGCAGCAACCUCCGGCCCAGGUUCCCCGAGCAGUCUAUGACCAUUAUCUGCCCCGUGACACCGGUCCGCCUCUCGCCGUCCCUGACGCGCAACGUCCACGACGUCAAGACCAUUGGCGCCUCUAAGGAGCUGUCUAACCUGCUGUCGGUGCAUUGCGUGCCACAGGGCUACAGCCCUUUUGUCGUCUUUGGCACAAUUUUCUGCGGGCUGGUGCAGCUCGCUGCUAGCGAGGCCCAUUCGUCGGAAUGCUCGGACCAUCAUCUCAACAGGGUUGUGCUCGCGCUCGGCAAUCUCAACAUGUUGAGGACAAAGUGGCGCUUGGCGCAGGAGGCGUAUCGGCAUCUUAAAGGCGCGGCGAGGCAGACUAGCACGAUUCGGCCGGAGGGGCGGCCUCUGCAGGAUGCGAGUGGUGUUUCUGCUAGUACGAGGAACUUGGUUGUUGCGGAUGGGGGGAUACUGGGGCCGGCUGCGGACUAUGAUGCCGUUAAUGGCUCGAUUUCUUCGCUGUUUUUGUCGGCGUAUAUUGAUCCGACUUGUAGUGAUCCGUUUCCACUUGGUCAAAUGUCUGACUUUUGA